AUGCCUUCCCGCUUUCCUGCCCCCGGAGCUCGAAUCGGCUGUGACUUUGCCGGCAUCGUGCUAUCCAUUGGUCCUGAAGCAGCUCGCAUCCGAAGAGACCUUCGCAUCGGCGAUCGGGUAUGCGGUGGCAUUCACGGGUCAAAUCCUAUCGAUCUACCAUCAGGUAGCUUCUCGCAGUACGUAGCUGCUCAUGCAGACCUGCUCUUGAAACUGCCAAACAAGCUCUCCUUUGCGCAAGGGGCCGUUCUCGGAGGCAGCGUGUUCGCAACUCUGUGGAUUGCCCUGUACGAGUCUCUUGGUCUGGAAGGGACCCCCGACAUGCCUCUUCAGGACGAUCCACCACCCGUGUUGGUCUACGGGGGUAGUACCUCCACUGGAACAGCAGCUCUCCAAAUUCUGCGACUCUCUGGAUAUCGUCCCAUAGCCACCUGCUCUCCCCACAAUAACGACCUCGUGAGAGCCGCCGGUGCUGAGAAGGUCUUUGACUACCGAUCCGAGACCUGUGCAGCCGACAUCAAGAGCUACACCAAUGGCCGCCUUCGGCACGUUCUCGACAUCAUCACUGACCUCCAAUCCCAACUGAUCUGCUACGACACCUUCAGCCGCGUGGGGGGCAAGUACACCUGCCUUGAACAGCCCGCGGAAGAAUUGCAUCUCCGACGCACCGUUCGCAAGGAGAUGAUUGUUGGGUUGGCUGCCAGUGGUAAGGAGAUUGCCCUGGCGGACGGCUACGAGCGCACCGCCAACCCCCAGUUGCGCGCCCGCAGUGGUGAGUUUUUCCAGACCAUUCAACGACUAGUAGACGAGGGCAAAUUCGUUCCUCACCCCACCAGGACGGUUGAAGGAGGAUUCGAAGGGAUCCUGAAAUGUCUGGAUAUCCUUAAAUCAGGAGGGACGUCUGGCGAGAAAUUGGUGGUGUUUCUCGAUCGAGAAAAUCCCUGA